AUGUGUCUUCUAAUUUUCUUGCCGAUCGCGUCAAGUGCCGUUUUUCUAGAGAAAUCAUAUGAAGACACCAUUCCCGAAAGAAUAAAGUCCGAUCCAAAGCUCUUCGUGAAUCUGACCACAAAUGAGAAAAUCGAAUCAAUGGAAGAACGUUGCCCGGAUGAGGAUUUGUACAAUGAAUGUUCCGCCAUCUGCCGGUUCGAGUACUUGCAGUGUUUGGGAGAAUGCGAUUCUGCUCUUUGCGAGAGCGAGUGUAUCAAUGACUAUUCAACGUGUACUUCUUUUUGCCCAUGCGGGUCAAAUUGCCCGUCUGGUUGCGAAAAUUGCGAGAAUCCCAUUUGCGUUGACGAAUGUGAUGAUGUUCAAAGUAACGAAGAGUACACCGUAUGCCUUGAAGCUGCGCUGGAAGCCCAGGCGAUUUGCACUCGAGAAUGCACACCGGAUGUGCCUUGCUUCGAAAAAUGCAGCGAAAUAUACAUUGAAAACUUGAGGGACUGCCCAUGUGUCGUGGACUUCACAACAACAACUGAAGAACCAACUACUACCCAUCCUCCGGUUCGUUCGUCAAAGGACAAGCCGUUAUCUUUUUCUAGAGCAAUGGAAACCUUCUUGUUCUGCUAA